UACACACAGAGGUAUGGCAAGAUGAACGCUUCGCUAUCGCGUCCCGUCGCUUCUCCGCCGGCGCGCCAUGGCUUCUCUGCACCUCGCCGGUUGCGGAGCCCUCGGCCGGGCCCCCCGCGCCCCGUUCUGGGGCGGAGAGCCGCGGUGGCGGGGCGGCGGCGGCGGCGGCGGCGGCGGCGCUGGGGGAUUCGCCCGUCGGGAGAAGGCCAGGGGCCGCGCAGGAAUCCGCAGGGUCCUCGCGAUGUCGACCGAUCCUUCUUCGUGGAAGAUGAAUCUCAACGAGUACAUGGUCACGCUGGAGAAGCCGCUCGGCAUCCGGUUCGCGCUCUCCGCCGACGGUAAAAUCUUCGUCCACGCUCUCAAGCGAGGGGGGAAUGCGGAGAAGUCUAGGAUUAUAAUGGUAGGCGACACUUUGAAAAAGUCGAGCGAUCCGUCUGGCGGCAAGCUUGUUGAGAUUAGGGACUUUGGCGAUACAGAGAUGAUGAUGAAAGAGAAAAUGGGUUCUUUUAGCCUGGUUCUGGAACGACCAUUCUCUCCAUUUCCUGUUCAACAACUACAGCAUUUGAGUGAGCUGGAUCUACUAUACAAUAAAGGUCGCAUUCCUGUUGUUACUUGGAAUAAGGCUCUACUGGCAUCAAAUUUGAGAGCUUCCGAGGGAAGUGGAAAUUGUGGAUUUGUGUUGUUUUCUUCAAAGUUUUUUUCCUUGGAUGGAUGGAGGUUGUUGAGCAAUCAAAAUGGACAAACCAUUCCCCAAGUUCUGCAGAAAAACAGUACCACUCCAAUCAUGAGUUCAGUUGUUUGUAUUUUCUCCGAAGAUGAUUCUGGAGAUGGAGACUGGGCUCAUGGAAGCUUCCCUAUUGAAGAGUACAUUAAGGCACUUGAUCGAUCUGAAGGCGAGCUUUAUUAUAACCAUUCCCUCGGUAUGCGCUACAGUAAGAUUACGGAGCAAGUAUAUGUUGGAUCAUGCAUACAGACAGAUGCUGAUGUGGAUACUCUCUCAAGCGUUGUGGGUGUCACUGCUAUAUUGAAUUUUCAAGGAGGAGUUGAAUCACAAAAUUGGGGAAUUGAUCCAAAUGCAAUUAAUGAGUCAUGCCAACAACGUGGUGUUCUUAUGAUAAAUUAUCCCAUAAGGGACUCAGAUUCCUUUGAUAUGAGGAAGAAACUGCCUUUCUGUGUGGGGCUCCUGUUACGUUUGUUGAAGAAGAACCAUCGUGUUUACAUCACCUGUACUACUGGUCUUGAUCGGUCACCUGCAUGUGUGAUAGCAUAUCUCCACUGGAUUACUGAUACUUCCCUCCAUGCAGCUUACAAUUUUGUAACUGGGCUACACCCUUGCAGUCCGGACAGACCUGCGAUUGCUUGGGCAACAUGGGAUCUCAUAGCUAUGGUGGAGAGGGGUAGACAUGAUGGACCAGCAACCCAUGCUGUGACUUUUGUCUGGAAUGGACAUGAGGGAGAGGACGUAAACUUGGUGGGUGAUUUUACUGGCAAUUGGAAGGAACCAGUAAAGGCGACCCACAAAGGUGGAUCUAGAUAUGAAGCUGAAAUGAGACUUCCACAGGGGAAAUACUACUACAAGUAUAUCAUUAAUGGACAAUGGCGUCAUUCUACAAAUUCACCAGCUGAGAGAGAUGACAGUGGUAAUGUUAAUAAUGUGAUCAUGAUUGGUGAUACAGCCAGUAUAAGGCCUUCAGUUCAACAACAAAAGAAGGAUGCCAACAUUGUGAAAGUAAUCGAGAGGCCAUUGACGGAGAGUGAACGGUUCAUGCUGGCCAAAGCAGCUCGUUGUUUUGCUUUCUCCGUCUGCCCUAUAAGAUUGGCUCCCAAGUGAUGCGACAUACGCAAGAUCAUGUCAAGAAGGCUUUUCGAGUGAUCAGAUAAGUUCCCAAAUUGAUGCUGCUCAAUCAGAGUCCUGCAUUCUGUAUACGAGACACCAGCAAUAUCCCCUUCUGCUUCUCUUAACCAUGAAGCGGGAAGAGGUAACCAACUGCCUUUUGUAAGCUUUCAGGGCAUGAACAUCCGAGUUUGGUUCAGUCUAUGAGGAGGGUUGUUAUUUUGAGCGACAGAAUUGUUGGGGACAAUCCGGGGACAAUAAUUCACGACGAGCCAAAUGCAAUUCAGAAUUAAUUUCUUC